UGACGUAUUUAAGAGAAACAUUGCCCUAGCUUUCAAUAGUUUAGCUUUCAGACAUAUUUACAACACAUCGUAUCGUACGAUAACAUAGAAUUAUGGGGGAUACAGAGCAGAAAAAGAUAAGUGUUGAUAUGCUUUGCGAGGUUUGGGAGCAGAAGCAGCGCAAAUUCGAAAUGGACAUUCGAAUGCUACUCGACAGCGCUAAGCACUUGGCUGUGCAGCUUAGCCAGACUAUUGAGUCAUCGGCAGAGCCAAUUGACAGGAUACGGUCACAGCAGCAGUUCAAGCUAAAUUACUUGAUGAUCCACUUGACAGAGGAGCUGCAGCGGCAGAACGACAAAGCCGGUGCCAAACGGCGGCUGCAGGAGUGGAACAAGUCCCUGGACAAGAUGCGCCUCAAGAUCGCUGUACUGUCAGAGAGCCUGUCCAAAUUGGGUCUAGUCGAUGUCUUGGCCAUGAAGAAGCUGUGUGAGCUACCGGAUAAUUCGCAGCAAAACUAUGAGAAGCUCAGCCAGACGCUGCAACACUGCGAGGCCAUGCGAGCUGAGCAUCUGAAGGCUCUCAUCGGCCACGUGCACACGGAGAUCAACGAGUGGUGUGAUCUCACCUUGCAAUAUCCGAGUGCUCGGAAUUAUCAGAAGGACUGUUGCACAGUGGAACUGCUGGAGUUGCUAGAGGAGCAGCUGAAGGACAUUAAGGACUAUUACAAUGCCAAUAAGGCAAUCUUCGAGGUGUACGCCAAACGCGCGAGGCUGUGGAUGCGCAUGGAGGCGCUGGACGAGAAGGCCAAGAAACCCAAUCGCUACCAAAAUCGAGGUGGCGCCCUACUGCGGGAGGAACGGGAGCGCAAGGCAAUUAAUAUUAAGCUACCUAGGAUAGAGCAGCAAAUAAGGGAACUGGCGCAGGACUAUGAGCAACGCAAUGGACAACCGUUUCUGGUGCAAGGCGAGGAUAUAUUGGCACGCAUUGCAAACGAAUGGGAGGAUUAUCGCAUGGCCAAGGAGCAGCAAAGUGCAGCACGAAAGAAGACAGCUUCCGACAAUCUGCUGGAGCCCCUGAACAACUCGGCCCGUUCCGGCUUUAUAUCGCUACGCAAGACGACAUCGGUCCCAUAUUUCAACUCCACAACGGUCAGUCCCACAUGGACUGCGAAGCUCCAGCCAGAGAAGAGGCAGAGGGAGCGUUCUAAAUAGUUUCAAUUUUUAUAGGCACUAGCUCGCCUCGAGCGAGCACUGUGAGUUAGGUCGGUUUUUCAGUCUUUUAUACAAGUCGAAUUAUAAAUUGGUUGUACAGGGUUUUGUCAAUACAACUUAUAAUGUGGACAUUAACUAGUAAGGUAAAAGCCGGCGCUAUGCAAAUAAAUGUAUUAGAAAGCA